UGAAAACAGCUUUCGACAGUUAAACAUGUUGAAUCCCUGAAGCUUCAGACACGUGGCGUCCACAGGAGUUUUACAGAACCAGAUCUUUUCUCAGUUGAUUGUUAAUGUUUUGCAUCAAUGAGUCUCUGUGAGAGUUUCAUGUUCGUGAAACGAGGCUUUAACUUCCAGAACCAGCGGGUGUCCGGAAUUAUUCUUUCCCUUUACAACUCCAUGGUAUGCUUCAGUGAGUGAUGCAUCAUGGGAGCUGACGAGCGUCUCCUACACAGGCCAAGUCUCAAAUGUUAGUUAACCGCUGCCCACAGACAGUGUUUCCACCACAAUGUCCAAAAAUGGAAAAACAUGCUCGAAACCUGAACUCAAGUAUAAUUAUAGUUUAUGUUUCCUUGUAGAAAAAGUUGUGAGUAACUCAAACUGUUCCCGGUGUCACGCCUGUGUUCAGGUACUGGCUGCAGUCCGGACCUGCUCUUCUUCCUGUGUGCCAUGUACGCUCCCAUCUGCACCAUCGACUUCCAGCACGAGCCCAUCAAACCCUGCAAGGCGGUGUGCGAGCGCGCCAAGACCGGCUGCGAGCCGGUGAUGAAGCGUUACAACCACAGCUGGCCCGACAGCCUGGCCUGCAGCGAGCUGCCGCUGUACGACCGCGGCGUCUGCAUCUCACCUGAGGCCAUCGUCAAGGCCGAGGGUCCAGAUCCGUACUACCAGGACCCAGCCAGGUGUAACCCAGAAUCCAGUCCAGACUUUCCGAUGGACUCCAACAACCUCCACUGCAGAGGACCAAACAGAGAUCGCUGCAAAUGUAAAAGCGUCCGAAUGGCUCUGAAAACCUACCUGAAGAACAACUACAACUACGUGAUCAGGGCCAGGGUGCGGGAGGUGAGGAAUCGUGGUCUGGAGCCCACAGCGGUGGUGGAGGUGAAGGAGGUGCUCAAGUCUUCUUUGGUCAACAUUCCCAAAGAGGCGCAGACGCUCUACUACUCGUCCUCCUGCCUGUGUCCUCCUCUGACUCCCGGGGAGGAGUACCUCAUUAUGGGCUAUGAGAACGAGGAGACGUCCAGGUUGCUUCUGAUUGACAGCUCCAUCGCUCAGAGGUGGAGGGACAAAAUGAGCAAGAAGGUCAAG